AUGGACGAUGAAGCAGCGCAUUUGAAGGCCGCUUUUGGAGACUCGUCAGAUGGUGAAGAUAUCGGCGCAGAUCGACAGGAAAAAGAAAGCCUAGGGACCGGAGAUUCGACGGCAUGGGAGCAAGUGAAGGAGAUUAAUGGUUUAUGGCUAUGUAGAAACUUUCUCUCUAUUGCUCAGCAGUCUGAUCUACUCUCCGCCAUUCUAGACGAAGGUUGGUUUGUUGAAGAGUGUAAUAAUCAGGCGAUGAGGUUUGGUGAUCUCCCUUCAUGGGCAAUGGAACUUUCUCAUCUCAUACACGAAACUGUAGAAUCUGUUGAUCUUUCAGUGUUGCCUGCUGAUUUACUGUGGAGGGAUCCUCUGUUCGACCAGCUUAUUGUCAAUUUAUACCAACCAGGUGAGGGGAUAUCUGCACAUGUUGAUCUACUGCGUUUUGAAGAUGGAAUCGCUAUUGUUUCGCUGGAAUCACCUUGCGUGAUGCGGUUCAGUCCUGUAGAGGCGGAUGAAGAUCAGGAUGUGGAUGUUUUGUUGAGCCCGGGAUCUCUGAUUCUCAUGUCUGGAGAAGCUCGGUAUCGAUGGAAACACGAGAUUAAUCGGAAGCAGAAGGGGUUUCAGGUAUGGGAAGGAGAAGAAAUUGAUCAGAAACGAAGAAUCUCCAUUACCUUGAGAAAGCUGUCAAUCUUGAGGGUGUGA